UAAAGAAACAUCCAUGACUAGUGGAUUUAAAACUUGAGUUCAGGGACAGGAUUCUUUGCAUUUUCUCUCAGCCACUCUUAUGGAUUUCUGCCCUGUUUUGCUCUCAGAGCAUUCUCCUAUGGACGUCAGUGAAUCGGAAGAAAUCUAAAUUGAUUGGAAAAUGCUACAGGCUCUUCAGACAGCAGGUGUCCAUCAAGGUGAUCUGAGCGUGCCCAGUUAGUACACUCUGGUCAUUGGCCAUGCGACCAGCACAGGGAGGAAGCAUAGUCUGAGGUUCCAAUCCUGCACCCCUUUCCAAAGGAGUCUCCCCAAACCAACACAUUAGGGGGCUAUCCAAGAGGCUCCAGCAGCCAGCUCACAGCAGGAUGGUCCCGCCUCCUCCUACCAACAAGCCGCAUGUCUGCUUGUCCACCAUCAUCAUCAUGAGCAGCAUGGCGCUGAUGGAUGCCUAUCUCGUUGAGCAGAACCACGGGACACGCAAGGUGGGGAUUUGCAUCAUGGUGACAGUGGGAGACCUAUGUUUCCUGAUUGUGUUGCGCUAUGUGGCCGUGUGGGUGGGUGCAGAGGUGAAAGCAGCUAAGCGUGGCUAUGCUAUGAUCCUCUGGUUCCUCUAUAUCUUUGUCCUGGAGAUUAAGGUGUACUUUGUCUACCAGAACUACAAAGCUGACCGUAAGAGUCUGGAUGCAUUAGCACGCAAAGCUCUGACACUUCUGCUUUCUAUUUGCAUCCCUGUCCUGUUUAUUAUCCUAGUAGCCAUUGAUCACAUGGAGUACGUGAGGGCUUUCAAGAAGAAAGAGGAAAUACGAAAUCGACUUUUUUGGGUGGUAGUGGACCUGCUGGAUGUCUUGGACAUCCAGGCUAACCUGUGGGAGCCGCAAAAGAAAGGCCUCCCACUGUGGGCUGAGGGCCUGAUGUUCUUCUACUGCUACAUCCUCCUACUGGUACUGCCAUGCGUGUCGCUCAGUGAGAUCAGCAUGCAGGGUGUUAACAUCAGUCCCCACAAGAUGAUGCUGUACCCCAUCCUCAGUCUGGUCACUAUAAACAUUGUAACCCUCUUCAUCCGAGGAGGGAACAUGGUCCUUUACAAGGACAACAGAGUGUCAGGGAUCCUUAUGGGGAAGAACAUCCUGGCCAUUAUGCUGAAGACAUGCAGCUUUGUGCAGUAUAGGAGACAGUUGCAGAGUGCUCCUCCUGCCUUUGGGAUUGAGCUGCAGAAAAACUCAGUGCCAGUGAGUCGUGUGGCAUCCUCCCAACGGCAGGUUAACCUGCAGGACCAGGGGCCUUUGCAUGAACUGACCUCAUGCGAGCACACAUGACACAUGGAAUACAAGCGUUGUUCACACCUGCACAUGCUCCUAAGAAUGUGGGUAUGGAUAUUGUGGAUCUUGAUGAAGAGAAGUUGCAAAAUUGGAGCACUGGCAAGAUGGCCACUGUGGAAAGCUGUCACUGCAUAUAGAGUCCAGAGCCAGUGCAGCAAAACGGCUCCUCUCAUCACAGCUUAUGCCACCGUGUUUAGGAGCAAAUUGCUGGUUUUAAAAAAUGUGCCUGAUCCUGGCCUUGUAUCUUCUACUCUCAUCACACAGCUCUUAAAUAGACCAGGUAGCCACCAGUGCCAGGUCUGUUACUGCAAAAGAGACAUGUCCGACAUCAUGUACAAUUUUGGAUUAACUAAAACAUGAAUUUGUUUGUGAUUACGUGUGAUUAUAUAUGAGGUCAUGUAUGAGUUGCAGGUGAUCUCAAUGUGCUCUAUGAGCUUUGUUUAACUACAGUGAGUGUAAGAUUAGCCCAGCCAAACAAAGACAGCCUGCCUUAACACUAGUCCAUUGUUGCUUCUCAUAAAAAUGAAAAAUGUUGAAUUGCAUUGGCAUGUUUUUUUUUGAAGAUGUCACAUUCAUGUUAAAAUCUAAUCUGCUAAAUUUCUGUGCAGUUUUACUCACAGACCAAAUGCAAAAUAGUGGGGUUCCGUUACUGCCCACAGUACCAUGCACGCAAAGAGGGUGUACUGGAUUAUGUAUUUUUUCUAAACAACAUUACAAUAACAUGGAUUUAUAUAUGAAUAUAUUUUUCAAAAGUGUGAUUAGUAAUAACACUGAAGUCAGCAAAAUAAUGUGUUGUGAUGUUACUUUUUUUUCCCCAUAGAGUCUGCUUGCCUUGAUCAUUGUUCGAUAAAAAAGAAAAAAAGAAAUCGAUAAAAAUACAUUGCGUGUAUAAAUCCUCUAUGGAAAGAGAUUUUUUUUCUUUUUUAAA